GACCUUGGCGGCUCCGGUGCGGGUCGCGCGGCGGCGGCGAUGGCCUCGGCGGCUGUGGAAACCUUCGUGACCAAGCAGUUGGACCUGCUGGAGCUUGAGAGAGACGCGGAGGUCGAGGAGCGCAGGUCCUGGCAGGAGAACGUCUCUCUGAAGGAGCUCCAGCGCCGCGGCGUCUGCUUGCUGAAGCUGCAGGUGUCCAGCCAGCGGACCGGGCUGUACGGACAGCUGCUGGUCACCUUCGAGCCCCGGAAAUGCGCGUCUGCAGGGGUGCUUCCCAGUAACAGCUUUUCCUCCGGUGAUAUUGUGGGUCUGAAUGAUGAAGGAGGUCAGCUAGCCACUGGGGUCCUGACCCGGAUCACCCAGAAAUCGGUCACAGUGGCCUUUGACCAGUCCUGUGAUUUCCAGUUGAGCUUGGACCAACAGAAUUUCUACCGACUGUUAAAACUUGCCAAUGACGUCACUUACAAGCGCCUGAAGAAAGCCCUGAUCGCCCUGAAGAAGUACCACAGCGGCCCCGCGUUCUCGCUCAUAGAGGUCCUCUUCGGCGGCGCAGCGCCCAGCCCUGCCGGCGACACACGGGCGCCGACCCUCUACAACGCCGCCCUGGACGCCUCCCAGCAGGAAGCGGUUUCGUUUGCGCUGGCCCAGAAAGAACUGGCCAUCAUCCACGGGCCUCCUGGCACCGGGAAGACCACCACCGUGGUGGAGUUCAUCCUCCAGGCUGUGAAGCAGGGCUGCAAGGUUCUGUGCUGCGCGCCCUCCAACAUCGCCGUGGACAACCUGGUGGAGCGCCUGGCGCGAAGCGGGCGGCGGGUGCUGCGCCUCGGGCACCCUGCCCGGCUCCUGGAGUCCAUCCAGCAGCACUCGCUGGACGCGGUGUUGGCGCGCAGCGACGGCGCCCAGAUCGUGGCCGACAUCAGGAGGGACAUCGACCAGGUCUCGGUGAAAAUUAGAAAGACCCAGGAUAAGAGAGAGAAAAGUACUUUUCAAAAUGAAAUCAGGCUGCUAAGGAAGGAGCUGAAGGCCAGAGAAGAAGCCGCGAUGCUGGAAAGCCUCCGGGCGGCCGACGUGGUCCUGGCCACAAACACAGGCGCUUCUCCCGACGGGCCCCUGAAGCUGCUGCCCGACGGCUACUUCGACGUGGUGGUCAUCGACGAGUGCGCCCAGGCCCUGGAAGCCAGCUGCUGGGUCCCCCUGCUGAAGGCCAGGAAGUGCGUCCUGGCCGGGGACCACAAGCAGCUGCCCCCCACCAUCGUCUCUCCCAAAGCUGCACGGGCGGGACUGUCGCUGAGCCUGAUGGAGCGGCUGGCCCAGGGCCGCUGCGCGGGGGCGGUGCGGACGCUGACGGUGCAGUACCGCAUGCACCGGGCCAUCAUGCAGUGGGCCUCGGAGGCCCUGUACCGCGGGCAGCUCACGGCACACCCUUCCGUGGCAGAGCACCUCCUGCGGGACCUCCCGGGGGUGGCUGCCACGGAGGAGACGGGCCUGCCCCUGCUGCUCGUGGACACGGCCGGCUGUGGGCUGUCUGAGCUGGAGGGGGAGGAGGACCAGUCUAAAGGGAACCCAGGGGAGGUGCGCCUCGUCAGCUCGCACGUCCAGGCUCUGGUGGACGCUGGCGUCGCGGCGAGCGACAUUGCCGUCAUCACGCCGUACAACCUCCAGGUGGACCUGCUCAGACAGAGCCUUGCUCACAGGCACCCAGAGCUUGAAAUCAAGUCGGUCGACGGCUUCCAAGGCCGAGAGAAGGAGGCGGUGGUGCUGUCCUUCGUCAGAUCCAACAGGAAAGGUGAAGUGGGUUUCCUGGCCGAGGACCGGCGGAUCAACGUCGCCAUCACCCGCGCUCGGCGCCACGUGGCCAUCGUCUGCGACUCUCGCACGGUCAGCAACCACGCCUUCCUGAAGACCCUGGUAGAUUAUUUCACGGAGCACGGGGAGGUGCGCACGGCCUUUGAGUAUCUUGAGGACAUCGUCCCUGAAAACUACUCCUACGAGAGGUCCCAGGGACACGGCCAGGCUGGUGCGAAGCCCCAAGGCUCAGCCGGGUCCGCCAGGAAGCCUGGAAGCCGGCGGCCGGAGGGAGCUGGGACGGCCAGAGCGACCGCCAGGCUGGGCCAGAAGGCGCCAGACGGGAAGCCCGUGGCCUCUGAGGCCCAGUCUCAGCCCAGCCUCAACGGAGGCAGCCCAGGGGGUGCGGGGAGCAGGGACAGUGCGGACCACUUCAGGGCCCUGAUCGCCGAGUUUGUGGCCAGUGAGCAAGUGCAGCUGGAGUUUCCUGCUUCCCUGAACUCACACGACAGGAUGCGUGUCCACCAGAUCGCGGAAGAGCACGGGCUGCGGCACGACAGCUCCGGGGAAGGCAAGCACAGGUUCGUAACCGUGAGCAAGAGGGCCCCGCCGGCCACGCCGGCCCCUCCGGCCACACCGGCCACACCUGCCCCACCGGCCACACCGGCCACACCGGCCCCAGCGGCUCCAGUGGCUCCACCGGUCCCAUCCGUCCCACCUGCCCCACCCGUGCUGGCAGGGACUGACAGCAAAGCCCCUCUCCAUCCUGAGCCCCCCAGCCCCGCGCAGACGGAGCCCCCCGGGCGAGAGCCGAGCAGCGUGGACCUGAGGGCUGUGCACCUGGAGAGACUGCAGAGGGAGAGGGGCAGGCAGGAGCAGCGAGCCACGGAGGGGCCGCGGGCCGUGGGCCCGGGGCUGCGGAAGUUACCAAAAAAGAAAAAGAAGAAAGAUGCAAAAGGACCUGCGGCCCUGGACCUGCCCUCCACGGAGGACUUCGACGCCCUGGUCUCGGCCGCCAUGAAGGCUGAUAACACCUGUGGCCUCGCCAAGUGCCGGGCCAGCGUCGUGACUCUGGGCCAGCUCUGCCCGCACUGCAGCCACCGCUACUGCCUCAGCCACUGCCUGCCCGAGAUCCAUGGCUGUGGGGAGAGGGCUCGUGCCCACGCCCGGCAGAGAAUCAGCCGGGAAGGAGUGCUGUACGCCGGCAGUGGGACCAAGGACCGGUCCCUGGACCCCGCCAAGAGGGCCCAGCUGCAGAGGAGCCUGGACAAGAAGCUGGGCGAGCUGAGCAGCCAGAGGAGGAGCAAAAGGAGGGAGAAGGAGACGUGAGCCCGUCCUCGCCCUCCGGCCUGGUCUUUGCAAAUGCGGGUGGAGGCACGCGGCCAUCCUGGUGCUUCCUGUGCCUUGUAGCUGCUCCGGGACAUGUGGCCAGGCCGCAUGGGCGAGUGAGGGGCCUCUGGGAGGGGUGGUCCUGGGGCCCAGCACGCCCUCCCUUGCGCUGGGGUGGGGGACGGGCUGCAGUGGCUGUUCCCUGGACCUUCCUGGGAGAGAGCCGCCCCAGGUCUCAGCUUUGCUGGCACCAGGCCCCGUGGGGCUCUCCGAGGUCCCUCGCCAACUGCUGUAAGAGAACCUCAGAUGGAUGUAUGUUUCAGCGCAGAGUUUUAUUUGCUUCAGAGGAAUAGAAAUUAUUUAAGAAUUAAAGAUACGUGCACACUG